AUGCUACGCUACUUCCGUGUUCCUGGCUUGCGCCUCGCUCGCUCCGCUAAGCCGCCGCUUCGCCCUGUCAAGGCCGUCAAGUCGUCCGCUCGCGUCACUGAGGUGUGCGGCUUCCCCAGAGGCUACCCUCACGUCGAGGUCGCGCGCAAGUGCGUCGUCGACGCUGACCCGCCUUUGUCGCAGAUGUUGCUGGAGGCGUGCGCGGAGGGUUACGACAUGGCCAAGCAGUACCAAGAAGCCUUGCGCUGGGAGCAAGCAUGCAAAGCUGGCGGAGUCUGCCCGCCCGACAUCAAGGCACUCCUGAGCCGCGACGAAGACACGCUCUCUGAGCCCGAGUACCAGAAGAUGGCGGAGUGGGCGGACCAGUGGGGGUCGAAGGUCUUCCGCAGGAGCAAUAUGCUCGAGUACGGUCAGCCGAUCCCGCCGUGGUCGCUCGUUCGCCCGCGCUUCGAGACGUUGUACAAGGAUCGCGAGAUGACCGAGGAGGACGGGAAGAAGGAGAAGGAGUGGUGGAACCGUCUCGCUCGCAUCUUCACCGAGCAGUACAAGAGGGAGGAGGAGGCGGAGGACAAGAAGGAAUGA